UGUCCGUUCGACAAGUUGGCAGCAACAACACGGCCCUGGUCGUCGUCGCCGCUGCGGUAACGGAGCGGCUUGGGUGGAGGAGCCCACGUUCGUGCCUGCCAGCUCUCCUCGGAAGGCUCUUCUCGCCCUCCCCUCGGUUUCCCGGCCGUCCGGAGGGCGGGAGUGGGUGAGGGGAGCUGGGAGCCCUGCGAUAGAGGCCCCCAGCCGCGGGGCGGCCCGGGAGCUCGAGCCAGCCCGGCCCGCGCGGGCAGCGGUGCGGUGUGGAGAAGGGGGCGACCUGGCCGGGACGCCUGGAGGCGGGGGUUGAGGAGUGGUCUGUACCGCCGGGGUAGCUACGAGCCCCGAGCUUCCGCGGAGGAGCAGCGGUGGAGAGCGGACUUCCCUCGCCACCACCCGAGCCCAGGUUAUCCUGAAUAUCACAUGUUUAUUUUCCUUUCAACAUUAGCCAUUGUUUUUCACUGCCUCCAAACGAUCCAAAUUGCUCUGGAAAUUGGAGACACAUUUGAUUUUAAAGAAAUAACUUUAACAAAUGGACAAUAUGUCUAUUACAAAUACACCAACAAGUAACGAUGCCUGUCUGAGCAUUGUACAUAGUUUGAUGUGCCAUAGACAAGGUGGAGAGAGUGAAACAUUUGCAAAAAGAGCAAUUGAAAGUUUGGUAAAGAAGCUGAAGGAGAAAAAGGAUGAAUUGGAUUCUUUAAUAACAGCUAUAACUACAAAUGGAGCUCAUCCCAGCAAAUGUGUUACCAUACAGAGAACACUGGAUGGAAGGCUUCAGGUGGCUGGUCGGAAAGGAUUUCCUCAUGUAAUCUACGCCCGUCUCUGGAGGUGGCCUGAUCUUCACAAAAAUGAAUUAAAACAUGUUAAAUAUUGUCAGUAUGCGUUUGACUUAAAAUGUGAUAGUGUCUGUGUGAAUCCAUAUCACUAUGAACGUGUUGUAUCACCUGGAAUUGAUCUCUCAGGAUUAACACUGCAGAGUAAUGCUCCACCAAGUAUGUUGGUGAAGGACGAAUAUGUUCAUGACUUUGAGGGACAGCCAUCGUUAUCCACUGAAGGACAUUCAAUUCAAACCAUCCAGCAUCCACCAAGUAAUCGUGCCUCAACAGAGACAUACAGCACCCCAACUUUGUUAGCCCCAUCUGAUUCUAAUGCUACCAGCACCACCAACUUUCCCAACAUUCCCGUGGCUUCCACAAGUCAGCCAGCCAGUAUACUGGCAGGCAGCCAUAGUGAAGGACUGUUGCAGAUAGCUUCAGGGCCUCAACCAGGACAGCAGCAGAAUGGAUUUGCUGGUCAGCCAGCUACUUACCACCAUAACAGCACUACCACCUGGACUGGAAGUAGAACUGCACCAUACACACCUAAUUUGCCUCACCACCAAAACGGCCAUCUUCAGCACCACCCGCCUAUGCAGCCCCAUCCCGGACAUUACUGGCCAGUUCACAAUGAGCUUGCAUUCCAGCCUCCCAUUUCCAAUCAUCCUGCUCCUGAGUAUUGGUGUUCCAUUGCUUACUUUGAAAUGGAUGUUCAGGUAGGAGAGACAUUCAAGGUUCCUUCAAGCUGCCCUAUUGUUACUGUUGAUGGAUAUGUGGACCCUUCUGGAGGAGAUCGUUUUUGCUUGGGUCAACUCUCCAAUGUCCACAGAACAGAAGCCAUAGAGAGAGCAAGGUUGCACAUAGGCAAAGGUGUGCAGUUGGAAUGUAAAGGUGAAGGUGAUGUUUGGGUCAGGUGCCUUAGCGACCAUGCAGUCUUUGUUCAGAGUUACUACCUAGACAGAGAAGCUGGGCGUGCACCUGGAGAUGCUGUUCAUAAGAUCUACCCAAGUGCAUAUAUAAAGGUCUUUGAUUUGCGCCAGUGUCAUCGUCAGAUGCAACAGCAAGCAGCCACUGCACAAGCCGCAGCUGCCGCCCAGGCAGCAGCCGUUGCAGGAAACAUCCCUGGCCCAGGAUCAGUAGGUGGAAUAGCUCCAGCUAUCAGUUUGUCAGCUGCUGCUGGAAUUGGUGUUGAUGACCUUCGUCGCUUAUGCAUACUCAGGAUGAGUUUUGUGAAAGGCUGGGGACCGGAUUACCCAAGACAGAGUAUCAAAGAAACACCUUGCUGGAUUGAGAUUCACUUACACCGGGCCCUCCAACUCCUAGAUGAAGUACUUCACACCAUGCCUAUUGCAGACCCACAGCCUUUAGACUGAGGUCUUUUCCUGUUGGGCCCUUAACAUAUCAGGAUGGUGGACUAUAAAAUACAAUCCUGUUUAUAAUCUGAAGAUAUACUUCACUUUUGUUCUGCUUUAUCUUUUCAUAAAGGGUUGAAAAAUGUGUUUGCUGCCUUGCUCCUAGCAGACAGAAACUGGAUUAAAACAAAUUUUUUUUUUCUAUUUAGAACUUUUCAGGCAUGGCUCCAGAGCUUUGAAGAUUAGGAAAAACACAUUCUUAUUACUUCUUCACCAGUUAUAUAUGAAGGAAUCAUUCCAAUGCUGGAAAAUUUAGCCCUUUAAAAUGUCUUAGAACUUUUUAUAUGCAGAACAUAGAUAUGUGUGUUAUUCUACAGAAUAAGUUCAAUAUUUCUGAUUUUAAAGGCAGAGAAGUUCUCAAAGUUAAUUCACCUAUAUUACUGUGUGUACAAGUUGUUAUUGUUAACAUACUUUAUUCCAAAUUAUUGUGCCAUGUGGGUGAGUUAAUUUUACCAAGAGCAACUUUACUCUGUUUAAAAAGUAAGAUAGUAAUGUAUUAUAACCUUUUAUCCAAAAUACUUUUUUUUGCAAGUUAAAACUAGUGAAGAUUAUUUUAAUUCAGAUUGUCCUGCACUUCAGUUUUAUUUUUGCCAAGGCAAAACACUAAUCUGUUUGUUUAUUGAAAAUUCCUUACAAUUACCUGGCAAAGAAGUAUCAUUUAAAAUUUGUUAUCCCCAUUGGAUAACUGUUUUAUCAAGAAGUGUACUUUUCCCCUGUUAAACAGUAGAUGUAUUCUAUAUUUGUAGUCAUAAGUUUGGUUACUAAGAAGCCUAGAAGACAAGUUUCUUUCCUUCGUUAAUUCAUAGGGAAAAGUUUUGUAUUUAAAAAAAAAAAAAAAACACUAAAAGCAGUGUCACUCUACCUAAUAUCUUACUGUUCUGCAAAGGUGGCAAUGCUUAAACUAAAUAAUGAGUAUUUUGGAAACUGCUAAAUUCUACAUUAAAUAUUGUGCAGAAUAAUGGAACAUUGCAGUUCAUAAUAGGUAGUUUGGAUAUUUUUGUACUUGAUUUGAUGUGUGAUUUUUUUUCAUAUACUGUUUAAAUCAUGUAUGUUAAACAUUGUUUAAAAUUCAGUUUUUUUUUUGUUUGUUUUUUAUCUUGGGGCAAGACUGCAAACUUUUUUAUACCUUUUGGUUAUUCUAAGCCCUGUGCCAUCAAUGACCAUAUCAAUUGGCAGUGACUUUGUAUAGAGAAUUUAAGUAGAAAAGUUGCAGAUGUAUUGACUGUAUACCGCAGACACAGUAUGUAUGCUUUUUACCUACCUAGUAGCAUAAAUAAAACUGAAUCUCAACAUACAA